AUGUCCACGGUAAGCAAACUAGAAAUACGUGGAAUACGCAGCUUUGGAGUCGACAGCGGUGAUGUGCAGAAAAUCAAUUUUCGUUCUCCGUUGACGCUAAUCGUGGGACAGAACGGUUGUGGUAAGACGACGGUCAUAGAAUGCUUGAAGUUCGGGCUGACCGGCGAGGUACCGCCGGGGACCAAUCGUGGAAUCGGGUUUGUGCACGAUCCCAAAAUCUUCAACACGGUCGAAAGUCUGGGCCAGGUGAAGCUGAUGGUGAAGGACGUUACCGGCAACAGCGUGACGGCGAUCCGGUCCAUGAAGAUUACCCACAAGGGGGCCAACCCAAAGUUUGAAACACUCGAUUCCACCAUAACGAUGGAAAAUGCGCAGACAAACACCAAAACAACGAUGACUCGCUCGAGGGCGGCUGAUCUGAACAACGAUAUGUGCGAUGCGAUGGGCGUGUCGAAGGCUAUCCUGAACAACGUCAUCUUUUGCCAUCAGGAAGAUUCCAACUGGCCACUAGAAGAGCCCAAAGAGCUGAAGAAACGUUUCGAUGCCAUCUUCGGUACGACUGAGUACAAUGUGGCGAUUGAUAAGUUGAUAAAAAUGUCCAAGGCGUACACCGAGAGGCAGAAAGAGAAACUCGGGGACUUGAAGUUGCUGCAGCACAUCAAGGAGCAGGCGGAUGCAAAGCAACUACAGCUGGGCAGUGGCGAACAGAAGCUGAGCAAACUGCGACAGACGGUCACUGAUUUGGAUAGCGACAUUGAACCGAUUCAGAAAAAGUUGGAAAAGUUGGCCUUAGUUGAACGAGAGUAUUCUUCGCUUAUGGCAAAAAAGAUUGAAUUUUCAUCCAAAAUCAAGGGCAAACAUGAGCAACAACGCCAGUUGAAAUCGAAGAUCAGCCUACUUUUCGAAGGGUCGUUGGAGGAACUUCAAGCUGAAAUAGUACUUUUCCAACAGACUUUCGCAUCCAAACGCUCCGACUUGGAUAUGGAAGAGUCCGCUCUGCAAACGUUGCGAUCACAAGAAAAGUCCUUGCAGGGCAAACUUCAGUCAAUGGAUGGACAAAACAUUGAGCUGUUGGAGAAACAGAAACGGGAGCGAGAACUGCAGGCAGACCGCGGGAAAAAAAUAGCAACGUUGGGAGAAAAGUUGAAGCUCCAGUUGAAAGAUGAUUACGGCGGUGCCAACUUGGAUGCGGCCCUACGAUCCGUUCGUGAUGCACUGCGUAAGGAGGAAACUAACGUGCAAACGAUGGGCAAAACAUUCGACGAAGAGGAUGUCAAGGCACAGAAAGCCAUCGACAAGCUGCGUGAAACGAAAGCAUCCCUCGAGAACGAAUGCCAAUCGAAGCGACGCCAGAUGGAACAGAUUGGCAAGGAAAAACAGCGUACGGCGAACGAGUUGGUCGAAAUAGAGCGUUCUGCAGAAACUUUGAAGCGGCUUAUUGAAGAAAUUGAUCGGCUCGAACGGGAGUAUGAGGUGUACUCGAAGGCUACAGACUUACCGGCGAUGAAGAAGGAACUCUCCGUAAAGAAAGAGCUACGCGAUAAGUUGCAGGAUCAAUUGGAUCGGCUGGAUGAGCGUGUAACUACGUUGAAUGAGUUCGCGGUGAAGGACAGAGAGUUGACGUUAAAGGAACAACAGUACACCGGUCGCGAGUCGGAUCUUCGAAAGCUGAAGAACAAACAUGCCGACAGCCUGCGGCGACUCUUUCCCGAUCGAACGAUCGAGUCAAACUACAAGCGUAAUAUGCAAGAUUUGUACGAUACACUGCAGAAGGACAUUAAGACGAUGAACGAGAAAAUUCGUCGUACGCAGGCGACGGUGACGGAAAUGGAAACGACAAGGAAGAGUCAAAAGCAGCAGCUCGAACGUUUGGAGCGCGAUUUGGCCGAUGCGGAGGAAAAGGUCUACGCCGCUUGUCGUGGAAAUCCGUACGAAGACGUGGUAGCAAAGUUGAACGAUAAAAUCAACAAGAACAACCUCGAACACGGAGAGGCUCGCUCGGCCGUGGUGUUGUAUCAAAAGUUCAUAUCCAACAUCGAGAACGAUCGUUGCUGUCCGGUGUGCGAUAAGGAGAUGGGCGGUGAUGAUGCGCAGGAAAUCAGUGGCAAACUUUCGGACGAGAUCCGCCGCCUUCCGGAGAAAAUUGAAACCCUUGAGCGCACCCUCAAGAAGGAUCGCUUGGAGUACGAUCGGCUGUUGGCCCUGAAACCCGUUUCGGAGCGCUUGGAGAAGCAAAAGGAGGAACUGCCUCGGCUUAAGCAGCAGCUGCAGGAAACGGAACGUCGUCUCACGACGGCAUCGGACGAAUUGGAAGAGCAUCUGCUGGCGAUUUCAGAGCCGACCGGAAAUGUGCAGCUCAUCAGCACGAUCGUGGGCGAUAUGAGCCUUCUGGAUGAGACUAGCAAAGACCUGGAACGAAUGAAACGCGGAGUGGAAGAGUUAAAAGCCGAGCUGGCAAACAAAGUUCCGGAAGGUGUCACUAUCGAGUCGCUGAAAGCGGAGCGUGACAGUCUGCGAGAGAAGCUGAAAACCGAGCGUCGUUCGGUUGAUGAGCUUCAAACCACAAUAGACUCGAAAACGGAGAAGCUUAACAAUUUACAAUCGCGCAACAACCAAAUGAAAACGAAAAAGCUUAAGCUUCAGGAAUCGGUGCAGACGUUGGAGCAGAAGCGUACCAAGAUACGCGAGCUGGAAGAACAAACAACUACACUAGAAAGUGAGCUUCGGGCAGCGGAACAACGUCUGCAACCGGUGAAGGAACAGCUCACCAAAGAACAGGAACAGAAGCAGCGCACGAAAGAAUUGAACGGGCAGAAGCUGCAAAAAGCUCGCAAGACACUGGAGGCACUUAACUGGGAAGAAACUGAAAUCAUCCGGCUUGGUUGCGAGCUGGAUGAACUGGCCGUUUUGAAUCUAACCACCGAGCUGAACCGUUUAAAGGGCAAGAUUGACCAGGUGAAGACUGAGCGCGAGCGAAUCGUAGCGUCGAUUGAACCCAAAACUAAAAACAUCGAGAAGCUCAAGCAGGACAUAGCGAAUCAGCAGUUGCGAGAGCGUGACCUGCAGGACAAUCGCGACUUGAAGCGGUUGAUGCGCGAAACUUCGGUCAUGGAAAGUGAGCUGGAAACGCUAAUGAAGGGUAUGGGCGAAAUGGAGGUCGGAAAUGUGCAGAAAGAACGUAACCGACUGUUGGACCUUCGCGAUGGACUGCAGGCUAAGCGCAGCGAACUAAACGGCCAGAUCGGAGAACUGGUGCGCCAGUUGAACGAUCUUCGGAAGGAGCUCACUAAAAGCGAGUUCCAGAACGCCUUGCGCAACUACAAGAAAACACUCUAUGAAUCGGUGGUGCUGAAAAAGAUCAGUAGCGACAUCAAGAAGUACCGUGACGCUCUCGAAUGGGCCCUUCGCGAGUACCAUACGGAAAUGAUGAAGACGAUCAAUCAGUCAAUCUAUUCACUUUGGCGUGACAUUUACCGGGGCAACGAUAUCGACUACAUCCGGAUCAACACGGAGGACGAUGAGUCGGCGGAGCGGACAGAGCGGCGUCGCGUCUACUCUUACAGGGUGGUACAGGCGAAGAAUGACGUCGAAAUAGACAUGCGAGGUCGUUGCAGUGCCGGUCAAAAGGUCCUCGCCUCGCUCAUCAUUCGGUUGGCGCUUGCGGAAGCUUUUUGCAGCAAAUGCGGCGUCAUGGCGCUGGACGAGCCGACGACGAAUCUGGACCGGGAUAAUAUCGAAUCGCUGUGCGAAUCCCUGCGGGACAUCGUGACGGAGCGCCAGUACGGGAACUUUUUACUCAUUGUCAUCACGCACGACGAAGAAUUCGUGACGAAGUUGGAGAAGUUCGAUACCUACUAUCGCAUUUCGCGCAAUGCCGAGGGUAAAUCGGUCAUCAAGGAAGAACAGUUGUAAUACCCGGAUCUUCAUUCUUACAUUAUUUUAUAUAUUUUCGGUAUUCAAGAACCUGUUUUACAGGUAAUCCUCGCAGGGGUCUGUAUUUUCAAUGUUAAAUUUAUGUUAUUUCAUUUGUUCUUUUAUUAUUCUUAUCAUUCCGUUUUCUAAUCGGAUCUAACGCUACGCUUUGAAUUACCAAUAAAUACUCUA